AUGGUAUUUAAAUGCCUUUUUUUGUUUGGUUUUCUUCUACGUUUGUUACCAACAACAAGCGGUCAAUUUAAUAAAGAUCACUUAACAAAAUUACAAGCAUUAGAAUGUGAUGAACCAUCAAUUACUCUUCAUGUAUUCUCUGGCACACCAAAUCCAGUUUGGAAAAUUAAUAUAAAUCAACUAGCCAGAAUUAAAAAACUAGCUUAUGAAUCUUUGUAUCAAAAUAAUAAUGUUACAUUAUUAAGUAAGCCAACGACAAGAAUUAUGGGUUAUCAAGGAUUCACUGUUAGUUGUUCUUCUGACAAGCAUGUAUUUGUUCAUGGCUUAUCUCCACUUGAACAUUUGUUAUUGUUUGGUGGUCGCCGUUAUCUUUCAGCAUCAGUGGUCCGUCAUGUCAAAGAUCAUGUUGGAGAAAUUAUGCCCGACAUUACUCGUAUAGAGUCCGAUAAUGCUGAUUGUAAUCAUGUUCCAAUCGUAGGUCCUGAUAAUGUACCUGAAUAUGAUCCAAAGACAGAUGAUGAAGGAUGUUUCAUUAAAAGACAAACGGAUAACAAUUGCUAUGCUUACGGUCGAGGUAGUGGAAAAAAGUGGUCAUUCAAUACAUGUGUAGAUAUGGGAAAUGCAUCUGUUCGUGAUGGUUUAAUUUACAAUGGCACAAAAUUACCAAAAACUCCACCGGAAAAAGGUCACUUUGCUGCAUUGCUUAUUUGGCCAGACACGAACUUUCAUUGGAUAAGAAUGGAUGCAAAUGGUUAUUGGUCACAUAAACCAGGCGGUACACCAGUUCGCAACAAGGAUAACAGAGACUUACCAAUCGUCGAUCCUUCUAAAUCUGAUUUCUCGCCAUGGACACAAUUUUGUUCAUAUUUCAUUGCACAACCAUCAAAACUUCGAAUUAAUUAA